AUAAAUAUAGAGUAAGAGAAGGAAGAUCCGGGAUGGCUUCAUCGAUCGUUUCAUCGGCGGCCACCGUCUCCGGCGUGAGCCGAGCUCAGUCCGCCGUCAUUGCUCCGUUCACCGGCCUGAAAUCUUCCGCCGCUUUCCCCGUCACCCGCAAGAACAACGCCGACAUCACUUCCUUGGCCAGCAACGGCAGCAAAGUCAACUGCAUGAAGGUGUGGCCUACGACUGGACUGAGGAAGUUCGAGACAUUGUCGUACCUUCCUGACUUGACCGAUGCAGAAUUGGCUAAGGAAGUUGACUACCUUCUCCGCAACAACUGGAUCCCUUGCCUCGAGUUCGAAUUGGGGAACGCGUUCGUGUACCGUGAGAACCACCGGUCUCCCGGAUACUACGACGGGAGGUACUGGACGAUGUGGAAGCUGCCGAUGUUCGGAUGCACGGACUCGGCUCAGGUCAUGAAGGAGCUGCAAGAGGCCAGGACCGCUCACCCUGAUGGCCACAUCCGCAUUAUCGGAUUCGACAACGUCCGUCAAGUUCAGUGCAUCAGUUUCAUUGCCUACAAGCCCCCCAGCAACUGAAAAAAACUCUAAUAAGAAACCCUAAAUCCUGAAUCAACCAUCUUUGUGCUUGAUCUAAUCCGAAGAAGAAGAAAAACCCCAAAUCGGCAUGAUCAUGAUGUUGUUUGGGCAUAUUUGUUGUUGUUUUUUUUUUAAUUCACUUUCUUUGCAAUGUUUCAGUUUUUCAUCCGUCGUAAUUUCCAUCCAAUGAAAAACUUCCGUUUUGAAUA